AUGUCGCAACAAGUUCCCCAGUCAGAAAGCAAUCUUGUUCAUAAACGCAAGCAUCACGAUGCAGCAGCGAGAUUCAAGCUCGAGCUCUGGCAAAAAAGGGAUUCAAUUGUGGCCCUGAUCAAACAUCAUCUUCGAUUAGACGCAGAUGAUAUCUGCACAGUGCUUGUACGCAAGGAAUGGAUGCAGGGCAUCUUCAAUAUUUGCGUUCUAGUUGAAGUAACUGUGGGUAAUUCAAACAAGAAGCUUAUUCUUCGCUGUCCAAUUCCUCCUCAUGCCGGGCAACAUCCCAGCACAAUCGACGAGAAAGUCGGCUGUGAAGUGGCGACAUAUAUAUGGAUGCAGCAAUCCUGCCCCGAUAUUCGUAUUCCAAACCUCUUUGCGUUUGGCUUCAUAGAUAAUAGCUCUUUCACACACAUCCAGCAGACAUCAAUCUAUACUAGACUGUGGCGUAAGGCCUGGAAAUGGAUCUAUCGGUGCCUAGGCUACCCAGUCCUGUCCGACUAUGUCCGUGAAGAAGCUGCUCCGGUUGUCGGCACCGCUUAUAUGCUUAUGGAGCAUAUUGGUCCCGAGACAGGGAAAAUGCUCGCAUCCACCUGGUUUGAUCACUUUUCCGAUACAGCACGACGUAGGAAUCUAUUCACAGGCGUAGCCCGAAUCAUGCUCUCGCUCGCCCGUAUUCCACAGCAGCACAUCGGAUCAUUCAGAUUUAAUACAGUCGACUGCACUAUCGCACUCACAAAUCGACCUCUAUCUUGUACUUUGGCUAUUUUUGAGCAACAAGGAACACCGAGAACAAUCCCAGAAGACCUGAUCUAUCAAAGCACAGACAGUUACGCAUCUGACAUGCUUACACUACAUGACAACUAUCUAUUACACGAUCCACAUGCUGUGCGAAACAGGAAUGAUGCCAAAGAGCGGAUGACCCUUCGGACAUUGCUUCGUGCAGUUACGCAUUUCUUCAUCUUGCCGGAGCGACGGAGCGGUCCCUAUCUUUUACAGCCGACCGACUUGCAUCCAAGUAAUAUUUUUGUGGAUGAGGAGUGGAACGUCACUUGCACAAUCGAUCUGGAAUGGAUUUGUGCGCUACCGUUGGAGAUGAUGUCUGUUCCCUAUUGGAUCACAAAUCACACUGCGGAUGAAAUAAUUGACCACUAUGAGGAAUACGACGAUGCGAGAAAGGAGUUUUUGUCAAUUAUGGAUCAGGAACUGAAACAUGUGCAAGUGGAACAUGACAUUCAAAUCACAGGGGUAAUGAGAGAAUCAUGGGAAUCCAAAGGAGUGUGGUAUUGGAUCUGCAUAGAGUCUGUAAAUUGCUGGCUUUUUGUCUUUGAGGAUCAUAUCCUCCCCAUGUUCUCAUCGGCCGAAGGAUUUGUUAAGGACCUGAAACAAAUAUCCUUCUUGUGGCAGAAAGAUGCCGGCAAGCAUAUCGAAACGAAAAUUGCCGAAGAGCGAAGAUACCAAUCUGAGCUUCGGACUAUGUUUGCACCUGCCCAGGACGUACUAAAGGAAAAGAAAUGA